GCUGCUUCAGUGUUUACAGCCUGGGCUUGUUGCAUCCAGGAGGCUCACAAAGUCUCCAGCUGCCUGCAGCCCCUCACCUGUGAGGUGCAGUGGCCAGGCGGAGGCCUGUCUGCAGUGGGCUGGGGGAGAGGGCAGGAACGACGCUGCUACCUUGCUGCUCACUGGCUCCCAUUCAGGGAGCUGGGAGUGUGUAGGGCAGCUCCCACCACUGCAGUGGGGCUGGCGGCGCUAUGGGGCAGAGCGGCCCGGAGGUACCCUUGCUCCAGGAGGCCCUGUAGACUCUUCUCCUGGACGUGACCAGCCUGCAGCCUCCGUGGCAGAGCUGUUGAUUCACAGCUGCUCCCACCCGCACCCUUUGGCCAGGUGCGGCGUGGAAGAGGAGGGGGGCAAUGUUACCUGGGAUUGCCCAACGUAGGGUCUAAAGGGUGCUGGCCCCGGUGAUGCUGGAAGCUCCUGCCGCUGCCUUAGGCCAGCCCCAGGAGACGCACUGCCUGCCUGUGGGAUCAAGUCAUGUUGGCCCUGGAGCUGCCCCUCAUCCUGCUGCUGCUGGCUCCGCCGGGGGCUGGUGCUUUCCUCGAGGCCCUGGCUGCCAAGAACAUCUCCCAGAAGGAGGCCGAGUUUGACAAAAGCUACACGGACUUUGUGAACAGCGAGCUACUGAACAUCUACACCUUCAACCACACCGUGAUGAGGAACAGGACGGAGGGCGUCCGGGUGACGGUGAACGUGCUGUCUGAGCAGAAGGAGAUGCCGCUUCUCUUCGUGGUGAGGCAGAAGGAGGCGGUGGUGUCGUUUCAGGUGCCGCUGAUCCUCAGGGGCCUGUUCCAGAGGAAGUACCUGUACCAGAAUGUGAGCCGCACGCUAUGCCAGCCCCAGACCAAGAGCGAGUCGGAGACACAGUUCUUCUAUGUGGAUGUGUCCACGCUGUCUGCGAGGAACGCCUCCUACCAGCUGCGGGUCACCCGCGUAGAGAACUUCGUGCUGAGGACGAGCGAGCAGUUCAGCUUUAAUGCCACAGCAGCCCAGCCGCAGUAUUUUAAGUAUGUGUUCCCGGCGGAUGUGGACUCGGUGAUUGUGAAGGUGACCUCGCGCAUGGCCUUCCCCUGCUCCGUCGUCUCCAUCCAGGACAUCCUGUGCCCCGUCUAUGACCUGGACAACAAUGUGGCCUUCAUCGGGAUGUACCAGACCAUGACCAAGAAGGCAGCCAUCACGGUGCAGAAGAAGGAUUUCCCCAGCAACAGCUUCUACGUCGUGGUGGUGGUGAAAACGGAAGACGAGGCCUGUGGAGGGUCCCUGCCUUACUACCCCCUCACCAAAGAUGAACCGGUAGAUCAAGGCAGUCGGCAGAAGGCGCUGGAUGUGAUGGUGUCGCCUGCUAUCACCUCGGAGGUCUACGUCAGCGCCAUGCUCUUCUGCCUGGGGAUCUUCCUCUCCUUCUACCUGCUGACGCUGCUCAUCGCCUGCUGGGAGACCUGGAGACAACAGAAGAAGAGAAAAGGGCUCCUGGCUGCCAUGGACACGCCCACCACGGACACUGCGUCUUUACUGGGGCAUCCGCGCAUCACCCCGGACUCCCUCCUGGGUCACCCUCCCUACCACGGCUACAGCUAUGGCUCUUUGGAGAACAGUUCCACCCUAAGCACCGAGGGCAUCACCGAGAGCAUGGGCUCCACGGACAUCUCCUCUGGGUACACAGAGCGCACCCUGGAGAACGUGGCCAGCCGGCCCCGCCUGGACUCCCUCAGCUCCGUGGAGGAGGACGACUACGACACGCUGGCGGACAUAGAUUCCGACAAGAAUGUCAUCCGGACCAAGCAAUACCUGUACGUGGCAGACCUGGCCAGGAAGGACAAGCGUGUCCUGCGGAAGAAAUACCAGAUCUACUUCUGGAAUAUUGCCACCAUCGCUGUGUUCUACGCCCUCCCUGUCAUACAGCUGGUCAUCACCUACCAGACGGUGGUGAACGUGACAGGGAAUCAGGACAUUUGCUACUAUAACUUCCUGUGCGCCCACCCGCUGGGGAACCUCAGCGCUUUCAACAACAUCCUCAGCAACCUGGGCUACGUGCUGCUGGGCCUGCUCUUCCUGCUCAUCACCCUGCAGAGAGAGAUCAGCUGCAACCGGGCGCUGGUGCGCAACGACAUGCAGGCCCUGGAGUGUGGCAUCCCCAAGCACUUUGGCCUGUUCUACGCCAUGGGCACGGCGCUCAUGAUGGAGGGGCUGCUCAGCGCCUGCUACCACGUCUGCCCCAACUACACCAACUUCCAGUUCGACACUUCCUUCAUGUACAUGAUCGCGGGGCUCUGCAUGCUGAAGCUGUAUCAGAAACGGCACCCGGACAUCAAUGCCAGCGCGUACAGUGCCUACGCCUGCCUGGCCAUCGUCAUCUUCUUCUCCGUCGUCGGCGUGGUCUUUGGCAAAGGCAACAUGAUGUUCUGGAUUUUCUUCUCCAUCAUCCACAUCAUCGCCACACUGCUGCUGAGCACGCAGCUCUACUACAUGGGCCGCUGGAAACUCGACUCUGGGAUACCGCGCAGAAUUGUGCACGUGCUGUACACAGAUUGCAUCCGCCAGUGCAGUGGGCCCAUGUACGUGGAUCGAAUGGUGCUGCUGGUCGUGGGCAACAUCAUCAACUGGUCGCUCGCUGCCUAUGGACUCAUCGUCCGACCAAACGACUUCGCCUCCUACCUGCUGGCCAUCGGCAUCUGCAACCUGCUGCUCUACUUCGCUUUCUACAUCAUCAUGAAGCUCCGAAGCGGCGAGCGCAUCAAGCUCAUCCCCCUGCUCUGCAUCAUUUUCACUUCCGUGGUCUGGGGCUUCGCCCUCUUCUUCUUCUUCCAGGGUCUGAGCACCUGGCAGAAAACACCAGCCGAGUCCCGGCAGCACAACAGGGAUUGCAUCCUGCUCAACUUCUUUGAUGACCACGACAUCUGGCACUUCCUCUCCUCCAUCGCCAUGUUCGGCUCCUUCCUGGUGUUGCUGAUGCUGGAUGAUGACCUGGACUGCGUACAACGGGACAAAAUCUAUGUCUUCUAGGCCCUUUCCCAUAACGCCACCUGGCCUGAGGUUUGUUAGUUGGGGCCUCCUGGAAGGGACUCCAUCCGGCCCAGGUGCUGCCUGCAGCCCUGGUCUCCGGUGUAGCGGACUCAUGGUGGGGAGCUCACGAGGACAUGGCAAAGCAUCCCAGGUGUGGGGGCUUCUCCGGAGGUGGGACUCGUGUUCAUGCUCCCCCGCCCGCCUCCUGCAUGCCAUGGUGUCGUCCAACCCUCAGACGGCGCCUUGCCAAGCUGAGCACAUCACCUCCUUGCUUGAGCUGCUCAAGGGGCUGCAGGGCAGGCCCGAUGCAUCCACCUGCCGCCACGUGGCUCACAGAGAGGGGUGGGGAUGGUGUGAAGCCCGGUCAGACUCGGCAGAAGCCGUUGCCCUUUCCCCUGCUGGGGCGACUGGUCCUGCAGUGUCAUGGGGGUGGCUCCAGGUUCCCAGCCUGGCAAGUGGUGGGUUCUCACUGCACUGCCGUUCUCCCAUCUCUGUCCCCACCACAGUGCCAUGCUAAGACGGACUGCCAUGGGCACCUCUGCCUAACAUGCCUGGCUCCUCCUCAGCCAGCCAGCAUCCAGCUUCCCCCUUCAUGUUUAUCCCAUAUAGCUCUGGGGCCAGCGCGGGGCAGGGAACCUCUCAGAACAAACGUCAGGCAAGCUAGAAAACGCUCCAGUACUGGCCAGGGCACGGGGGAGCAAUGUGGCAUCCCCUGCAAAGAGGAUAUUCAGCCCUCUCCCAGCCCAGGGACCGGCCUGCUCAGCUGUGCAGUUCAGUCGGUCCCCCCUCAGGCUGCUCCCGAGCUGGGCAGCUCCUCUCAGGCCUGGCUGUUUAGCGAGAGCGCUGGGCCUUGGCAUAAGUGUCCCUGUCAAGGCUUAGAUCAGGCCCUUCCUCUCUGCAGGCUCCCUGGCUCCCUCCUGUCACCCCCACCCAUCGUCUGGUCCAGGGGCAGGAGCCACUGCCCCCGCCAGUCUGUAUAGCCUCCCCGCCCGCUAGAGCAGGGGGCAGCCCAAGCCCUCCACGGCCCUACGGUAGGGUCUGAGGCAUGGCAAAGGCGACGCUGACCCAUUGGGCUCUCGCCGUGGUUCCAGCGCUGUUCUCGGUGUGGGCUGCUGCCCCCCCGCCACCUGACAAGCUGUGAGGUAGGCCCAGAAGGGAGUUCCCAGCCCUAGUGCCUGGGGCUGUAGCUGCCAUCCCUGCUGUCUUCACGGUUUCCUCCCCUGCGCCCGGGCUAUAACCAACGUUACAGACCACAGGCAUGUCUGACCCACAGCCGGAAGAGGGGCUGUCCGGUCUCCAAGGCACGUGACUCUUGUAAAGGCGCUGCUGCUAUCGUUCGUACACCUGUGGCCUUUCCCGCGGGGGAAGGGUGCCGUUCACACCCCUUGCCAACGUGACGCCGUCCCCGUGGGUGCAGCACAUCCAAACCGUGCCCCAGGCGGAGGCUCCUCCGAGAGGCGGGAGAGCAGCCGGGGGCAGUUGCGUUUCGGUUCUAGAAGCACAUGGGCGCAUGACUCUCUUCAGUGCCUAAUUUUUAUCAUUUUAUUUAAAUUUUUUUGGGGGGGCGGGGGGAGGAAUGUGUGUCCAGUCUAACUGUGUCUGGUUCCUCCCACUGCUAAGGACUUGUGUGGUCUUGGGCUCCCUCUGGCUAACGUGUACUGAAGGUGGGGUGUCAAAACACACAUCUGUGUUGAGGUUGUCAUUAAGCAACUUUCUCUGGUAGCCUACUGGCUGUUUACAUUGCAAGUUUGAGCUUGUAUUCUAAUCUUAGAAUUGUUUAGGUUUAGGCUCAAAUUUGGACUCCACUCCAGGACUCUGUUCUCUUUGUUCUGGCCACAUAACAUAUCAGUGAUGGUUCUGUGGUGCAAGGCCCAGGGAUGCCUUGGUUACACAACGAAAGGCCAAGAAUGGUGCUUUAUCAGUCAUUGCAGGGAAAGACACCCUCUUCCUGCUCCAGAAGAAGGGUCAUGUCGCUGGAAUGUCCAUAGUUUUCUGGUUUCUUGAAUGCAUUGACAAUAUUUUCAAGGAUAUUUUGACUUUCCAGAUACACUGUUACUAAACCAAGUUGCACCGUGUUUUCUAAGAACGGUUUGGCCGUCAAAUGAAGAGAAUUAAACAAUAAAAAAGUUGAUCUGCACUUUA